ACUGAUCUCUAGCGGAGAAAGGGAAAGGGAAAGGGGCAAGAAAGAGGGCCAGCUGAGGGGUAGGGACUGCAGUCCUGGAACGCUUUGGGGAGUCAGGACCCUAAGUAACAGGACCUGGCAUUGGUGGAAAGUCUAGACUGGCAGACGCGGCCAACCGCUCAGAGAGCGCAUUCAUUUAUCUGGGAAGAGAGCAGAGAGAGGAGAGGAAGAGAGUUCACCGCGAAGUGGAUGGAAGGGGAUCCGGGUUUCCGCGGCACAGAGAGUCGCGAGCCGGGACUAUGGCACUGAGACCGGCGCGGAGCUGCUGCGCGCCCGAGGACGCAUCUCCUCCAGGAGGACCAGCGGACGUCGGGAACGGAUGCGCACAGAGGAACCAACUUGUGGCUCCAGACCGUCCCCAACGCAGCUGGAAAUGAGAUCAAAGCUGCAGUUUCAUUCCAGAAGGAUGAGAGGAGCCAGUGAUUAGAGAAAUUUUUUUUAACCCUCUUCAUUCCUGUUUCGUUACUCCCCCCUUUUUCUUUAAAUAUAUAUUUUUAAUAUUUUUUUCGUUUAUAAAAUUAACUAACACCAUGUCUGCCCCGUUACUUUGCUUUCCCUGCUUGAAAUAAAAGCCUAGCCUGAACUUCCACAACCUUGGGGAGUCGAGAUCUACGGCCGGAUGAUGGAGAAGGGGACACCGGUGCUGGCAGGGGUCGCUGGCGAGGGACCGCAUCAAGCGUCUCUUUGGUGAUCCCGGCCCAGAUCGCCGAGUUCGGCUGUACCUGGAGGACCUGUACCCAGUGCUGGGGUUGGGGGAGGGGGCCCAGUGAAAGCCACCCUGAGCCUUAAAAAAAAAAAAAAAGUAGCUGACCGGGGGCGGAACGGGUUUGUUCUUGACAGCUGACGGAGCCUUGAAAUUUUCCUCCUCUACCUCCGCCCCCUCCCCCGCCCCUGCCCCCCGCACUCCAUUUAACGUGAGAUUAUGAAAUCGCAGAGGCGGUGGAGGGAAGGCGACGCGAUCUAACAGGGAGUUUGGAGGGGCGAGGGGGAAGGUGGCUGGGUGGCUGAAAUCAAAAAUCCAAUUGCGCACUGGGUUGUGAUGAGAAAUCUAAUCAGAUCUUUGACGAAGGGGCCGGCCGGAAGGGUAGCCGGUGGGGGCAGUUGAUCCCUAAAUUCUCCAAAGAGAAAGCUGGGGAAAAGGAAUCAAGGAUGUAAAGAAAAGACUUUUUUGUUCUUUUUUUCUUUUUUUCUUUUCUUUCUUUCUUUUUUUUUUCCUUUUCUUUUUCCUUUUUUUUACCCCCGGAGGAGGUGGCUGUUGGGUGCCUUGCUAAAAUGAAGGAUAUGGGACGCAGCUCUCUCUUGGAGCAGAACGCAGAGGAUAAACUGAUGGUACCAGAGAGAAGAAAGAAUGAAGCUUUUUCUUGCGAGACCUGGAUCGUAACAUAAAUGUGUAUAUGGCCACACGGGGAGCAUUGGGGGGAAAAAUGAAAUAAGCUGAUGUCAGACCUGCGGGGUUUGGUGUGUUCUGACAUAAAUAAUCAUAAAAUAGCGGUCCCCCUCCCCCAAGGAUGUUUGGAAAUGGAGAACUGAGGAUCCACAAAGAAAAAGUGUGCUCAUUUUUCUCUAUAAAAGAGAAAGUACGCCAAGGAGAUAUUUUUGGAAUGAAAAGUUUGGGGCUUUUUUUAGAAAAGUAAAGACCUGAUACAUAUAUAUAUAUAUUUUUUUCCUUUUGGAAUUUCCCACAAGAGGAGAGGAAAUUAAUAAUACAUCUGCAAAGAAAUUGCACUGAAGAAAAGUUGACCGUGGAAGAACGAAGCAAUUGAUUGGGAAAGAAAUCAGCAGAGGACUCUUGGAUCGGUGCCCGUGUUGACUAAAAUUGAAGGAUAAUUGCAGUUGGAUUUUUUUUUUCUUCACCAACCUCUUUUAUUGUUUUCUUUCUCUUUUUCUUUUGGUGUCAAGACCAUGCAUUCUUUCUAGUUCUUAACCACCUGGAUUUCCCUCGGGAUGUAGCUGUGCUGAAAUACAACUGUUUGAACUCCAGAAGGACCAACACCAGAUAAAUUAUGAAUGUUGAACAAGAUGACCUUACAUCCACAGCAGAUAAUGAUAGGUCCUAGGUUUAACAGGGCCCUAUUUGACCCCCUGCUUGUGGUGCUGUUGGCUCUUCAACUUCUUGUGGUGGCUGGUCUGGUUCGGGCUCAAACCUGCCCUUCGGUGUGCUCUUGUAGCAACCAGUUCAGCAAGGUGAUUUGUGUUCGGAAAAACCUUCGUGAGGUUCCUGAUGGCAUCUCCACCAACACAAGGCUGCUGAACCUCCAUGAGAACCAAAUCCAGAUCAUUAAAGUGAACAGCUUCAAGCAUUUGAGGCACUUGGAAAUCCUCCAGUUGAGCAGGAACCAUAUUCGAACCAUUGAAAUCGGGGCCUUCAAUGGUCUGGCGAACCUCAACACUCUGGAACUCUUUGACAAUCGUCUUACCACCAUCCCAAAUGGAGCUUUUGUAUAUUUGUCUAAACUGAAGGAGCUGUGGUUGCGGAACAACCCUAUUGAAAGCAUCCCUUCCUAUGCUUUUAACAGAAUCCCUUCUUUGCGCCGCCUAGACUUAGGGGAAUUGAAAAGGCUUUCAUACAUCUCAGAAGGUGCCUUUGAAGGUCUGUCCAACUUGAGGUAUUUGAACCUUGCCAUGUGCAACCUCCGGGAAAUCCCUAACCUCACGCCGCUCAUCAAACUGGAUGAGCUAGAUCUUUCUGGGAACCAUUUGUCUGCAAUCAGGCCUGGCUCUUUUCAGGGGUUGAUGCACCUUCAAAAACUGUGGAUGAUACAGUCUCAGAUUCAAGUGAUUGAACGGAAUGCCUUUGAUAACCUUCAGUCACUAGUGGAGAUCAACUUGGCACACAACAAUCUAACAUUACUGCCUCAUGACCUCUUCACACCCUUGCAUCAUCUAGAGAGGAUACACCUUCACCACAACCCAUGGAAUUGUAACUGUGACAUCCUGUGGCUCAGCUGGUGGAUAAGAGACAUGGCCCCCUCCAACACGGCUUGUUGUGCCAGGUGUAACACUCCCCCCAACCUGAAAGGGAGGUACAUCGGAGAGCUGGACCAGAAUUACUUUACAUGCUAUGCUCCGGUAAUUGUGGAGCCCCCUGCAGACCUCAAUGUCACUGAAGGCAUGGCCGCUGAGCUGAAAUGUCGGGCGUCUACGUCCCUGACUUCCGUAUCUUGGAUUACUCCAAAUGGAACUGUCAUGACCCACGGGGCAUACAAAGUGCGGAUAGCUGUGCUCAGCGACGGUACUUUAAAUUUCACAAAUGUAACUGUGCAAGACACAGGCAUGUACACAUGUAUGGUGAGUAAUUCUGUUGGCAACACCACUGCUUCGGCCACCUUGAAUGUUACUGCGGCAACCACUACUCCAUUCUCGUACUUUUCAACUGUAACGGUAGAGACUAUGGAACCUUCUCAGGAUGAGGCACGGACCACAGAUAACAAUGUGGGCCCCACUCCAGUGAUCGAUUGGGAGACCACCAAUGUAACCACAUCUCUUACGCCACAGAGCACAAGGUCGACAGAGAAAACAUUCACCAUCCCAGUAACUGACAUUAACAGCGGAAUCCCAGGAAUUGAUGAAGUAAUGAAAACAACAAAAAUCAUUAUUGGGUGUUUUGUGGCCAUCACUCUCAUGGCUGCCGUGAUGCUGGUCAUUUUCUAUAAGAUGAGGAAACAGCACCAUCGGCAAAACCACCAUGCUCCAACGAGGACUGUUGAAAUCAUUAACGUGGAUGAUGAGAUCACUGGGGACACGCCCAUGGAAAGCCACCUGCCCAUGCCUGCGAUUGAGCAUGAGCACCUAAACCAUUAUAACUCUUACAAAUCUCCCUUCAACCACACAACAACAGUAAACACAAUAAAUUCAAUACACAGUUCAGUGCAUGAACCGUUAUUGAUCCGAAUGAACUCUAAAGACAAUGUACAAGAGACUCAGAUAUAAAACAUUUACAGUUACAGAAAACAAACAAUCAAAAAAGACAGUUUAUUAAAAAAUGACACAAAUGACUGGGCUAAAUCUACUGUUUCAAAAAAAAGUGUCUUUACAAAAAAAACAAAAAGAAAAGAAAUUUAUUUAUUAAAAAUUCUAUUGUGAUCUAAAGCAGACAAAAUUAUGUGUAUUCCUCAGAACCUGUUUUUGCUGCACUUACUAUUUUCCCACACCUCCUCCCUCCCCUCCCCGAUUGCCAUAUUUUUCAUAGAUCUCAACUCCCCAAAGAACUGGUCUAGGAAAUUUUGUAAGAAUUCUGUUACACUUUGAGAUUUUUAUGGUGAAUUCUAGUGGUGAGAUCCAGUCUAUUUUGUCUCUUUCUCUCUCUAUUUUUUUCAUUAUUUUCUUUUUCCUUCAUGCCCUUAUGAAAUAGUUCAACGGGGAAUGCAAUAUUAGAAAUAGAUUUUUAAGAAAGAAUGAGGAAAAUGCAAGAUCUUAUAUUUUUCAUGUAAUGACCUGUUCUGUAUUUAUGAGGAGGACAUUCUGUGGAGAAAGAAAAAGAAGUAAGCAAACAGCAGAUUAAUUUACAUAUGAGCAUCUAUAAAACCCAUGACUUUUAAAAAGAAAAAGAAAAAAAAAACCUCUAGAAUCAGAAUUUGUAGUUCAAAAGCUUAAAAUAAGAUUAUAAAUAAAAUAUUGUUGGUUUUUCUGUA